GCUGUCUGGGAAUGUGGGAAUGUCCACUGGCCUUCCAGCAGCAUGGCGACGUCUUCACAGUACCGCCGGCUGCUCAGUGAGUACGGGUCACCGUCCCUAGGCUACACCCAGGGAACUGGGAACAGCCAGGUGCCCCAAAGCAAAUACGCGGAGCUGCUGGCCAUCAUCGAAGAGCUGGGGAAGGAGAUCAGAACCACGUACGCGGGGAGCGAGAGCACCAUGGAGAGGCUGCAGCGCGGCAUGAUCCACGCUGGAGGACUGGGUCCGGAGUGCUUGGCAGAAACGGAACGGAAUGCCAGAUCCUGGCUGCCUUGUUGGUUUUGAAGGAUUUCCAUCUUUCUACAAGAUGAGAAGUCACAGUUCAUCUCUCCUAUUCAGAUGAAACCCUUGUUUUCAAAAUGGUUACAGUUUGGUUUU